ACGCCACAGUAGGCCAGAUAUAUUGUCUUCUCCCAACUCUGGUCACACUGAGUCGAAACUGAAACUGAAACUGGCUGGAUGCGCGGAUCGUGUAUUUAUUAAUUUGUUAGAUAUUUUCGCAGACUAACUUUCCUCGCCGGGCUUAGUUAGUUAUAAAUUAAAAGCGCGCCGGUCCGAAAAGUAAUUCUCUCAGAUAUUGCUAUUUGAGCUCCCGAAAAGGAAACACCGAAAUGCCGAAGGCAAAGUGAAAUGAAAAACGAAUAUACACAAAUAUGCUGGUGAACUCUGAGCAAAAGUGCUAAAUUCACGAAUAAGACGAAAGGAUUUAAGUCCAAGUGUCAGAGGAAAAGCCAACUGCUGUCUGUGCGGCGGCGUCUCAGUGAAUUUUCCGUUUUCCGAACCCGCGACGAGGGUGGAAACGCGUGAAAAACCGAUACGAAAAUCCUGCGUGUGUGUGCAAAUAAUGUGAAUAAGAAUCGCCUGGAAAAACAAAGAGUCGGCCAAAAAAUAAAUUUAAGUAGUUGACACGAAAUGAUGGGCAAAAAGGCGCAAUGUGCGAUUCGCGGUUGUUAAUGCGGGAGCAGCUCAAAAAUCCAGUUUCGGGCUGCAAGGCGUGUCAGGAUUGAAAUCGAACCACCACCAACAGACCAACAGCAGCAGCAAUAACAGCGAAAACAGCCGCUUUGAGCCAAUUUCGUUGGCCCUUCUUUCCUGGUCAUUCCUGUUUGACUUCAUUUUCACCCAACUUUCGCCGCAGAAUUUCGCAUUUCGGAAGACAAAAUGUCGACGCGCUCGCAAUUAACCAAGGACCUCAACGAAAGCGUCAAGUCCAUUCUGGGUCGCCACACAAAGAUACUCGUCAAGUAUAUGGUCAAAUUGGAGACGAAAGGCGAUAAGACGGAGAAUCGUGUUCUGGUCUUCACUCCCGUGAGGGUCUAUUUGCUCAGUGCCAAAGUGCCCACCAAAAUCGAAUGCCAUUUCCACUACCUGGAUAUUGUGGGGGUCGAGAGCAAGAAGUCCACCCACUUCGCCAUUGUGACCAGCGAUCGGCCCUACUCGUUCGUUACCACCGGCGAUGCGGGCAAUUUCAGCUCGAACGCUGAUGUCAUUCUAACCGAUCUAGCCUCGGCCAUCAAGCAGAUAUUCCCAACAGUUCCUCUAAAGUACAUCAUUAGAAAGAUUGAUAUACAGCCACCGGAGCGGGAGACCAUAUUCUCCGAGGAAUUCAGACCCUCCGAUCCCCGAAAUGUGGGUCCCUGUGGGGGAUUCAGUGCCCAGUACGCCUGCAUGUGCGAUUUCCAUGGCGUUCCCUAUCGCGAGGAGGUGGCUUGGGAUGUGGACACCAUCUAUCUGUCCCACGACACGCGAGUCCUCAACUUGCGCGAUUUUGACCACCUGGAGCCAAAAGACUUGAUGGCCAUCGUUUCGGCGCUCGAAUACAACACGUUCUUUCGUGGCCUGAAGGCAGCCCACAUGCGAUUGUCCCACGAGACCCUGGAACGCAUCCUGCACGUCCUUAAGCGUUCGAUGUGGCUGGAAGAGCUGCACCUGGAAGCAUUGGGCUUAAGAUGGGAUUUCCUGAACAAGUUAUCGAUUUCUGUGAUAACGAAUAGCAAUCCCGCCAUUCGCACCAUCGAUCUAAGCCACAAUAUAAUUGAGGAUAAAGGAGCAAGUUCAUUGUGCGCCCUAUUUGGAAAGAUUGUACAAGGUGCCAUUCAUUUGGCUGGGCCCAUAGCCAAGGUAUCCAAGGGUCUGUGCAAACUGGCCUUGGCCCACUGUGGACUAACUUCGAAGGGAGUCAAUCAAAUGUCGCACUCGCUGACGCUUAAUCAAAGUAUUUCCAACUCGCUCACGCAUCUAGACCUAAGUGGUAAUAGUCUCAAAGAUGAUAUAACCAAUUUGCACAAUUUCCUGGCUCAACCCAAUGUACUGGAGCACUUGGAUCUGGCCUCGACUGACAUCACACUGGAAAAUUUGUUUGGAGCUCUGUUGCGCGGCUGCGCCACGCAUUUGGCACACCUGAACGUGUCGCACAACUCUUUCAGCACCAAGAAGGGCAAGGAGAUCCCGCCCUCGUUCAAGCAGUUCUUCACCAGCACCUUCAGUUUAAAGCACCUCAACAUCGCCGGAUGCAAACUUCCCAUGGAGGCACUGAAAAACCUGCUGCUUGGCCUGGCCUGCAACGAGUCUACAGCCGGACUUUAUCUGGAUCUCAGCAGUAACACGCUGGGCGCCCAAGGUGCCCAUGUGCUUGAAUCCUGCAUCCAUGGAGUGCGAGUUCUGCAAAGCCUAGAUAUAAGCGAUAACAAUCUUGAUGCUGAGCUGGCGCCCGUGCUUACAGCCAUUUCCAAGAACCCCUCUAUUCGGACGCUUCACCUGACCCGCAGCCUUACGGGCAUGAAGCCGAAGCACAUUCCGCCCGUUAUGGACGCCCUAGUGAACCUCAUCCAGAAGGACGACUUCCCGCUGGUCGAGCUGGUACUAUCGGAGAAUAAACUGAAGCACGACCUGCACGACUUUAUCAACGCUCUGGGCAGCAACCAAAGCCUUCAGAAGCUAGACAUCAGUGGCAACUUCAUGGGGGAUGUAGGCGCCCGACUCCUGGCUAAAGCGUUGCAGAUUAACAACCGCCUGCGUACCAUAUAUAUGGAUAAGAACGGAGUGACCUUGCAGGGUUAUGCGGACAUCGUUUACGCAUUGGAGCACAACCACAGCAUGCGCACCAUUCCCUUUCCUGUUUUCGAUAUUGCUCCGCAUCUGAAAAGCCACCCGGAUAAGACGGAUGCAGUAAUGCGUAAGAUGCAAGAGCUACUGCAGCGCAACUGCAAUGGAUUAAAGCGGGCCACCGGGCAUGGAUUCCGGCUGCAGCACGGCUUCAUGCUCUCCUCCACACACCAGCUGGUGGAUAAGUUGGUGGCCGAGACUCAGGACACAAUUUCGCUGGCUAAGGGAGGCAGUGAAUCCGCCUCGGCGGUGCAGCGCCUGAUUACCGACGCCGAAAACUGCAAGCAACUGAUGCCAAAGCUGCAAGAGGCCGUUCGCAACGACAGUCAUCCCAUCGAAAUGAAGCUGACCCGAGUGGCCAGUGAACUGAGCUACACGAUUAAAAGUUAUCUGGAGGAGACCCUGGAAACGAUGAUGCGCACUGGAAUCGAGCAGUGCCCCAAAACUCUGGGCAACCAGAUCGUCGUUCAGGAUCUUAGAAAGGCUCUUGCCGAGCGUUUGGUGGUCCCCGAAGAAUUCCUGCAGAUUUGUCUGCUCAACAAUGCCGGCAGCGAGAUUAUGAACAAAGUUGGUGAGAUCGAACAAUCCCUGGCAGCCGCCAUCUCAGAUCGGGCUACAGAUGAGGUGCUGGAGGCCCUGACCCGCUACCGCCGUGGCAUGGGCAUCGCAGAGUCGCCAUCGGUGCUGCUGGACGAACCGCAGACGCCGGACAUCGUGCGCAGUCGCUCCAGUCAUGAUGCGGAUGGUUUGAUCAUACGACCGGGUGGACGAGGCUCGAUAUUGCCCAAACUGGGCUUGGAAUCGCCCACUAAAUUGGAAUAUCUCAACCUUGCCACACCGCAUUUACCCACCAAGCGACGCAGUCUGGCCAAGAAGGUGCGUCCCCAGUCCGUGGUGGAAAAUCUCAGCCUGGGCCACUUCCCUGACCUCCUGGAGUCACCCUCCUCACACCGCUCCAGCUCCCAGUUGUCUGCCCGUGCAGCUGCUGGUGCCGCUGCCUUGGGAGCCGCCAACAUGACCGACAGCAUCGCUGUGGACGACGGAGGAGUGGAUGAGUGUUGCGACUCCAUCACGGAGUUGCCCAGCGCCUCGUUCCAGCUGCAACACCUGGUCAAAGGUCGGCCAAAGCGGGCCAAAACGCGUGCGCCCACUCGACCGUUGGUCACCACCGAGUGUGCCGGGGGCAGCAGAGAAAUCGGCGAAGGCUUGGAACACUUCUUCCGGCCCGGUUCUGUUACACCCACUACCCUGACUCCGCUAGUUUCUCCUACGUCAGAGGAAUGCAGCUCCCUGUCGUUUGUGGACAGCCCCACAAUGAGCCGCGAUGGGAAUGGACACAUGACCUCCGAGGAGACCACUCCCAUUCUGGAGGAGCGCCGACCAAUUAAAUUGGAGCGCCAGUCGCCAUUGCUCAAAAGUGCGUCAUGGGCAACCCGCUCCCGAUCUACGGACAACCUAGAGAAGUAUUCGCCACUGGUGGGUCGUAAGUCCCCGCUGGUCAAGAUGCGAACAGAAGGUGGUCCCGGCUCGGGAUCUGCCGGCGCUGAGGAGACUAACUCGCCCAGUUCUAAUCUACUUAAAGCAACCACUCGAGAGGACAAAACGCGUUCGCCCAGCAGCGAUUCGAUCAAAAGCCAUGCCACAGGCGAGGGAAGUGUGAUUGUGAAGACUGGCAACGGCAUCCUGCGAACGCCCAUAGUUCUGCAGAAACCGCGACCAUGGUCAGUUGUGGGAAGCGAACCAAAGGCAAGCGGAGAGCUUAUAACAGGCAAUGGUAAUGCCGACUCCAGUAAGACUACGCCGGAAAAACUAGAAGAAGAUGACGUCGAGGUAGUGACAUUUGGAUCUACCUGCAGUAGCUCAAUUGUUGGCAUCACGCCGGGAAUAGCUUUAUCCACGAGUGGCGGUGGAAGCAUUGUUGGCAUUACACCAGGAGGUGCCCUUGAAAAGAAGUCUGUGCGAGAACUAGCAGCGGGUCUCAACAGAAUGGAACUCCCCCUAAAGCCGCCCGUUAUGCCAAGAACCUUGCUGAACGUGGCGAGUGCCCGCACGAGCACGUCCUCCACAGGCUCCACCUCCAAUAGUGUAUCUGACUCAUCCACGACGACCAACAUAUCGAUGACAGUAUUAAACCAGAGCCAGGCACGACCAAGGAUCGUGGGGUCGACCAGCAGCACCGAGACCAUCACAGCGCACAGCACCACCAGCGACCACGAGAAGCAACAUGCCAAGGCCUGUGCCAAUUUAAUCAGCAACGAAAUCCUCAGUAUGCGCAAUGGGCAGUUGGGCGCCAAGUCUGGUAGCUGCGCGGAAAGUGGUGGCGUGAAGCGGAUCGCCGGCAAAGAGAUCUCCACGCUAUUUGAGGAGACAUUAGUUGAAGAACUGCAGCAGAGCAUGGCGACCAGACGUGGUUUUAGGGACUCGCCCUACACCAAGGAGGAUGUCGUUGAUUUAUAAGUGUUCUAGUUAUAUGCUCAACAUUCCCUCACAUCGACCCCUAGUCCUUCUCCCAACCUUUCACAGUUUUCACGUGAUAGAUAGUAGGGUUGAUGAUAACGUUAAGUGAUGACAAUGAGGAGAUGAGAUGAUGGAGACAGAAGGAUAGAUGGAAACAAGGUUGCAACUUAUCGUACUGAACCAUUAAUUUAUGUGCAAUGCCACGUGUGUGUUGUUUUUAUUUGGCAAUUUAGAAUGAACGUGAUUUAUUUAUUGAUAUAAACCCUGAUACUUUUAUCCAAAUUAACUUUUGCAUAUUUUUAAAAAUGUUUUGUGUACUAUAUUUUAUAUUUUUAUGUAUUUAAAUGAGUUAAGUGCCAAUUAUAUACAGAAUUAAUCUACAUAUAUUUUUAGCGUGUGCUAUACAACAAUUUCAAUAAAACUAACGAAGAUAACGCAAUGAAUAUGAUACACUAUACAUAUUAUGUAAUUCGAUUGCGUGUAUAAGAACUAUUUUAAUGGCCUAAACCCAAACAAAUCUAAAUGAAAUAUACUAUUUUUUAUAACUGCUUCCAAAUACAAACUAUAUGGUUUAUUAUUUCCCCCUUUUUAUUUACCUUGCCUAUACACAUAUUUAUAGUAUUUAAGCGACAAUCCGUUUUCAAAUUUUAAAGCGCGUUAUGCCGCCAGAAACAAAUGCAUUUAUUUAGAAACAAAGCGGAGACCGACGAUCUUAUUGAUUAUUUUCUAAAAGUUAACAAUUUACGCUAAGAAACUAGGCGAAAACGAAACCGAUAUAAAAUUACUGAACCAUUAAACGACAGAAAACCGAAAACCACAGAAAACUAAUUCCCCUUAUCCCAAAACGAUCAAUUUAAACUUUGAAGAUCUAGUAGUUUGCACCAACGACACAGGAAAUGUUCAGAGAAGCGUUUAAUCUUUAAACCAGUCCACCACCGACCACACACUUCGAGUUUUGAGUGUAUCCCGUUCUCAUUCAAAUUCAAGUCCUUGAAACGAAAUAAGAAAAACUUAACGUGUUCAUUAAUGUUAAGCAAUUAAAACUUCAUUGUAAUCUAUUGAAAUUCAAAUUAAACGAAAA